CCAGCUGCGGCGAGCCCAGGCGCGGCGAUGUGGCGUGACGCGAGAGCGACGUGCACGGUGGAGGAACUCACGAAGAUCAUCAAGGCGCCGUCGAACGGGAGUUACGCGUUGCCCUCGGAGCCGUGCAAUCAAGUCUAUCCGGGUCUUUUCAUCGGCGACUCGCCGACGGCGCUGUGCACGAGCGGAUUGCGUGAGAUGGGCAUCACGCACGUGCUAAACGCAGCGCAGGGGAGAAGAACGACGGACGGAUACGACGGCUACGUGAACACCAACGCAUUUUACUACAGUCACGCCGGCAUCGCCUUCCUCGGCGUUCCGGCGCCGGAUUUCGUCUCCUUCCGGUUGACGCCUUUUUUCCGGGAUGCUGCCGACUUCAUCGACCGAGCCCUCGAGGAACAAGGUGAAAGUUGGACGGCGAAAUCCAAGGAGACGCUGGAGAGGCUGGAGAUGACUCACGUGGUAAAUGCGGCGCAGGGAAGAGACGAGGAGAUGCUGUACGUGGACACGGAUCAGGCCUUCUACGAGGGGAUGGGGAUUCCGAUUCUGUUUGUGGGAGUGGAGGCGGUGGAUGCGACGGCCUGCCAGAUUCGGCGUUUCUUCGACCCCGUCGCCGGUUUCAUCGACGAUGCCCUGAGUCGCAACGGAAGAGUGUUGGUGCACUGCCGAGAGGGCAUCAGCCGAUCGGCCACGUUGGUCCUCGCUUUCCUCAUGAUCAAACGGAACUACACCGUCCAAGAGGCCGUCCGGCUCGUCAGGUCGAAGCGAGAGAUCAUCCCCAACGAGGGCUUCCUCCAGCAGCUCUGCGACCUGAACGACGCGUUGGAGAAGGAGAGACGGGUGAACGGCCGCCUCUGUUGACGGUUCUCGUCUUGCAUGGACUUCUCCGAAUGAACCCUGAAGUCUCCGUCGGAAGGCGUCACACGAAGUAUCAAAAUGUCGAACGUGUCUCUUUGUAUGUCAUAAUCUCAGAAAGUAAUCAGUGCGUAUUUAUUUAUUCAUUUUCCA